AAGUAUAUUUCUUCUUUGCCGCUUCUUCCGGCUACCGCAACUGCACUCGGCGUUCUUCGCGUUUGUUCAUUUAAACGUUGAUCAGAUCAGAUCUCAACCAAAAUGCCUUCCGCCGCUCCGCGAUCCGGUGAAGCGAUCUUUGCCAGCGUUGAACGCGUAAAUGCAGAACUAUUCACUUUGACUUAUGGAGCAAUUGUGCGCCAAUUGCUUACUGAUUUGGAGGAGGUUGAUGAGGUCAACAAACAGCUGGACCAAAUGGGCUAUAAUAUAGGAAUUAGACUAAUUGAUGAGUUUCUAGCAAAAUCAAAUGUGUCCAGAUGUGUUGAUUUCAAGGAGACCGCAGAAAUGAUUGCAAAGGUGGGUUUCAAAAUGUUCCUUGGGGUCACUGCAUCUGUUGUGAACUGGGACACUGAUGGGACCUGUUGCAGUAUCCUUUUGGAGGAUAAUCCCCUUGUGGACUUUGUAGAGCUUCCAGAUACUUGUCAAGGCCUUUACUAUUGCAACAUUUUAAGUGGAGUAAUAAGAGGUGCACUAGAGAUGGUGGCAAUGAAGACGGAAGUUACCUGGAUCCGUGAUAUGCUUAGAGGAGAUGAUGCAUAUGAGCUGCAGGUAAAACUUUUGAAUCAAGUUCCAGAAGAGUAUCCAUACAAGGACGAUGAGUAACAUGCCAUCCGCUUCACGUUGCUCACUUUGACAGUAUUUUGUUUAGUUUUUGUGUCUCAACAUUUCCCAUGGUAUACGUUGUUCAAGUCAUCUUCCAUUUUCAUUUAGGGUUCAUAUUAUAUUAUCAAAACUAUGAAUUUCUUAAUGCUAUUAUAAACAAAUGAGUGGAUUGGAUUGGAUUUUGUAA